AUGCAAGAUUUCAUGAAAAAUAACGACUGGGACAUAAGUUUGAACUUAGAGAAUGAAAAUAUAGAUGAACAUGAAAAAUACGAAAAUGUACAAGGAAUAACUGAUAAAGUUGCUAAGCAUGCAGUAAAAGAAGCCAAAGAAAGUCGAGAAACCGCUAAAAGAACUGAGAAAAAGAAGGAUAAGGAAGAUGAGCCAUAUCAAGCAAAGGCACAGAAUAUAUCCGAAAAAUUAAAUUUUGACUGCGAAGAGAAAAGCGACAUAACCCCGGGUUUUAAUAUUGCAGGAGAAUAUCCAGAUGAGCAACAAGGGAUUAAAAAUGGGUCACAAACAUUAGCAGUAACAGACAUUUCUAUGGUUGAAAACGACGUGGAAUUUUCUGAAAAUAAGAACCUUGUUAAUUCCUACAUGGCAAUCAGUAGCAUGAAAACAUGGUACGUUGGAUGUAUAUUAGAGAUUAUAUCAACUAAUUAUGUAAAAAUGAAGUUUUUGAAAAGAAAUGGAAGCACCUUCAGAUGGCCAAGAACUGCUAAAAUUGAACUUGUGUACCAUAAAUCUUUUUUAACACCUGUAACACUUCAAGGUGAUGGAAAAUUUAUAAUUCACCCUGGUAUCGGAGUGGUUGAAAAAUUAUGGAAGGCAGUAAGGCUCUGA